UAUAAACAGGUCCUCUUACAAUAAGCGUGAAUCACAAACGUCAGGAAAGAUUUAAAAUGCGGAUUGUUGCAAGGGUCGGUGUUUUAGUUUUAUGUCUCACAGUCUACUCUUUAAUGUAUUUAGCAUUUUUUAGACAUCAGGAGGGGUCCAAUGAUAAGAUACAAAGACCAAAAUAUCUGGAAGUCCUAACAAGACUAAAGAGAAUAGAAAAUCAAGUUUAUAAAAUAGUCGAAUCUAUAGAGGUUAAAAAGGAAAAAGUAAAAGAAUCUCAUGUGGAGCAGAAAACAACAAUGAAAGUUAAGAAGUUGUAUCCACAAUCACAACUCUUCAGUUCGUGGGGAAAUGAACUUUCAGAGGAAGAACAGAUACAAGCAGAAAAGCUCUUUCAGGAUUAUGGAUACAAUGUGUUCUUGAGUAACAGAUUACCAUUAAACCGAACAAUCCCUGACACUCGAGACCACAGGUGUGCUGGGAAGAUCUACCCUAAAGACUUACCUACCAUCAGUGUGGUUUUGGUUUAUUUUAAUGAGGCUCUGUCAAUCAUACAGAGGGCUGUCUGCAGCAUCAUUGACAGAACGCCUUCUCAUCUACUAAAGGACAUCAUCUUGGUUGAUGACUACAGCUCCAAUGUUGAUCUGCAGUUGGCUCUGGAUGAAUAUAUUGAUCAAAUUAAUAAAGAUAAGCCUGGUUUACUUAAGAAGGUGAGACACACAAGGCAGAUGGGUCUUGCGAAGGCGAGAAUCUCAGGCUGGGAGGCGGCAACAGGCCAAGUGGUAGCCAUUUUGGAUGCCCACAUUGAGGUUCAUGAGCAAUGGGCAGAGCCGCUCCUUGCAAGAAUCAAAGCAGACAGGACAAUAGUGUUGUCGCCAGUGUUCGAUAAGAUCAAAUUUGACACCCUGGAUGUUGUUCAGUAUCUGCCAUCGGCUCAUGCGUUUGACUGGGCCCUUUGGUGUAUGUAUGAAACAUUCCGGCCAGAAUGGUAUAAACUUAAUGACCCAUCAGAACCUGGAAAGAGUCCCUCUGUAAUGGGUAUCCUUGUCGCUGAUCGUCAAUUCUUGGGAGAAAUUGGUGUUUUGGAUGAAGGAAUGGAAAUUUAUGGAGGAGAGAAUGUUGAACUAGGAAUACGUGUCUGGCUUUGUGGUGGGAGUAUUGAAGUGGUGCCGUGUUCCAAGAUAGCCCACUUAGAAAGAGCACAUAAGCCGUAUUCACGAGAUCUCAAACCGCACAUGAUUCGAAAUGCCCUGAGGGUGGCUGAAAUAUGGAUGGAUGAAUAUAAAUCAAAUGUGAAUAUUGCCUGGAAUCUACCAUUGAAGGAUCAUGGGAUUGACAUUGGAGAUGUGACAGAGAGAAAAAAGUUACGAGAGAAACUCAAAUGUAAACCCUUUAAAUGGUACCUGGAAAACGUUUAUCCACAGCUGGACACCUGGGAGAACAUAUUGGGUUAUGGUGUGUUAAAGAACGACCUACAAGAAAACUUCUGCAUUGAUCAAGGACCUGUACCUGGAAGCGUACCAAUUCUUUAUAGUUGUCAUAAUUAUGUUCCUCAGCAUUGUACCUACAGCCGUAAUGGGGAAAUUCAUGUUGGAGGCAUCAAAUCUCACAUUUACAGUUCUAACCGGUGUCUACUGGAUUCUGGCUCUGGAAACAAGCCAACAUUACUUGACUGUAAACAAGCCAAAGAGGAAGGACUUCAUAUAGAGUGGAGCUUUACCCAGGGCCAAGAAAUAAGAAAUAAAAAUACAAGCCGAUGUCUUGAGAUUGCACAAGGAGAGGAUUCACUCUACAGUCUUGUUAUCCAAAACUGCACAGGUCAAAAUUGGAAAAUACAAAAUGUUGUACAUUUUAAUAAACAGACUUUGAAUCAUACGGUGUCAGAAGAAAUGGCCAAACGUUCCCAAGCUGUCACCCUUUAUAAAGGUCCUAAUAUGAACAAUUUUGAUACACCUGGUACCAACACAUCUUUGAGGUAAUAAUAUAAGCUCUUUAGGUGUAAAAGUGCACUUUUUAUACUGGGUAUACUGUCCCAGUGACAGCUAUAGGGACAUUUUUUAACCAUUUUCUCUGACUGUGUAGGGGCCAAGUGAGAAAACAUUUUUACUCUUAUUCAUUUAAACUUUGUGUAUUUCUACUCUGUUUUAUGUUGAAUUAUACAUUGGUGGUUUGCAGAACCAUUGCAUUAUAUUUGUUAUAUUUAUUCAUUCACAUUUCAAGUCUUGCUGUAUGGAUUUAAGUGUUUCUAAACAUACAGAGUGUGUAUGGCUUCAUUACUGUUUACAUUCAAACACUUUUCUGUCUAUGUCUUCUACUGUAUAGAUACAUUUGAUUGUGUUCGUUUGUUGGUGCUUUAAUACCUUUGUUUGUCUACCAUUAAUUCAUAGGGGUUUACAUGUGACUUGAUUUUAUUAGCUGUUAUUAAUAUCAGACCAUAUGUUUAUGUCUCUUAUUAUAAUGACAGAUUGCUUUUACCACCAAUGAACUCUGUAUAUAUGUAUUGGUAUAUUUGUAUUGAAUGUUACUGUUGGGAGUGCCCUGUCAACUCAAACCAUUAAUAAACACUAUGCAGCAUGCAUGGUGAUAUUUCUUUUUUA